UCAAGACUCAUCAGUCUCACUCAGGAGUCUUCCAAGAGAGACGUGUUUCUUUCACUCAAGAUGUCUGAGGAACAGAAGCCAGACCUGGAAGGUGCCAUGAUCACCAUUAUCCGUGUAUUCCACAAAUACUCUGGUCACAAAUGCAACCUGAAGAAAGCUGAGCUAAAAGACCUCAUCAAUAAUGAGAUGAGUCACUUCAUUACAAGAAUCCAAGAGAACGAAACUCUGGAUGAGCUCUUUGCAGACCUUGACCAGAAUGGCGACCUGGAGAUUGACUUCCAGGAGUUUGUCACCUUAAUUGCCAUGGUCACAUCAGCCUGCCACGAACUCUUCACUCCAAAUUAUCAUCAAAAAUGAUUAGCAUGUAUCCUUAUACAAAAAUCUGUGCGACAUAGAAACAGUGUCUGUUAAACUUG